GUGGUUGGCCUGCCAAAGCCAGGUCCUUGCGUCGCGUGCGCGGGCCCGGUUCCCUCGCGGUCUCGCGCGCCUCGGUUUCCCAGCCUCAUGGCCGGGCUGACCCUAUUUGUGGGCCGCCUCCCGCCCUCGGCCCGCAGUGAGCAGCUGGAGGAGCUGUUCAGUCAGGUGGGGCCGGUGAAGCAGUGCUUCGUGGUGACUGAGAAAGGGAGUAAGGCAUGUCGAGGCUUUGGCUAUGUCACUUUUUCUAUGCUGGAAGAUGUUCAGAGGGCCCUCAAGGAGAUUACCACCUUUGAAGGCUGUAAGAUCAACGUGACUAUUGCCAAGAAAAAACAGAGGAACAAGUCCAAGGAAAAGGCGGAAAAUGAAAAUUCAGAACCCCCAAAGAAGGAACUGAAGCCUAAAAAGCCCAAAGUGGCAGAUAAGAAAGCCAGAUUAAUUAUUCGGAACCUGAGCUUUAAGUGUUCAGAAGAUGACUUGAAGACAGUAUUUGCUCAAUAUGGAGCUGUCCUGGAAGUAAACAUCCCCCGGAAGCCAGAUGGAAAGAUGCGUGGUUUUGCUUUUGUCCAGUUCAAAAACCUUCUAGAAGCAGGGAAAGCUCUCAAAAGCAUGAACAUGAAAGAGAUAAAAGGGCGGACAGUAGCUGUGGAUUGGGCCGUGGCAAAGGAUAAAUAUAAAAAUACACAGUCUGCCUCUGCCCCAGGUGAGGAGAAGAGGCCUGAAUCUAAACAUCAGGAAUUAGAUGAAGAGAAUGGCAGGGAAGAAGAGGAUACAGAAGAGGAAGAGGAAGAAAAGGAUGACACAGAAGACGAAGAAGAGGAAGAGGAGGAGGGGGAAGAGAAUAAAAAAUCAAGGGUGACCAAGCCUGCACAGAUUCAAAAGAGAGCAGUCCGGAAGGCCGCACCUGCAGAGAGCAGUGAGGAGGAGCAUUCUGACGACGACAGCGACCUAGAGGAAAAAGAGAGUAUUGAUGGCGGGGAGGAACUGGCUCAGAGUGAUACCAACAGUGAAGAGCAAGACGACGAAGAUGUGCAAGUCUCAAAGAAAAAGAAGAGGAAAUUACCCUCUGACGUGAACGAAGGGAAGACUGUUUUUAUCAGAAACCUGUCUUUUGACUCAGAGGAAGAAGAACUCGGGGAGCUCCUCCAGCAAUUUGGAGAUCUUAAAUAUGUCCGUAUUGUCUUGCAUCCAGACACAGAGCAUUCUAAAGGUUGUGCAUUUGCCCAGUUCAUGACUCAAGAAGCAGCUCAGAAAUGCCUUGAAGCUGCUUCUCCAGAGAUUGAGGGUGGUGGGCUUAAACUGGAUGGCCGGCAGCUCAGGGUCGACUUGGCAGUGACCCGUGAUGAGGCUGCAAAGCUGCAGACAAAGAAGGUGAAGAAGCCUACUGGGACCCGGAGCCUCUACCUGGCCCGAGAAGGCUUGAUUCGUGCUGGGACUAAGGCUGCUGAGGGUGUGAGCGCUGCUGAUAUGGCCAAAAGAGAAAGGUUUGAGCUGCUGAAGCAUCAGAAACUCAAGGACCAGAAUAUCUUUGUGUCCCAGACCAGGCUCUGCCUGCACAACCUCCCAAAGGGUGUGGACGACAAAAAGCUCAGAAAGCUGCUGCUGAGUGCCACCCGAGGGGAGAAGGGGGUGCGCCUCAAGGAGUGUAGGGUGAUGCGAGACCUCAAAGGAGUGCAUGGGAACGUUAAGGGUCAGUCCCUGGGCUACGCCUUUGCAGAGUUCCAGGAGCACGAGCAUGCCCUGACAGCCCUACGCCACAUCAACAACAAUCCAGAGAUCUUUGGGCCUCUGAAGAGACCGAUAGUGGAGUUCUCUUUGGAGGAUCGAAGAAAACUUAAAAUAAAGGAACUGAGGAUUCAGCGCAGCCUGCAAAAAGUGAAAUCCAAGCCUGCAAAUGGUGAGCCCCAGCAGGAACAACCAGCACUUGGAAAAGACCAGCAACGGAAAGCAACUCAAAACCACACACAGGAACAAAGCAAGGCCCCCCUGGAGCAGAAGGGGAAGCUGCGUUCGUCCUCGUGGACAGGGUUCCAGACCAAGGCUGAAGUGGAGCAGGUGGAGCUGCCUGAUGGAAAGAAGAGAAGAAAGGUCCUGGUGCUUCCCUCACACCGAGGCCCCAAAAUUAGGCUGCGGGACAAAGGCAAAGUGAAGUCUCUCCCUCCCAAAAAGCCAAAGCCCCAGAUGACCCAGCAGAAGCCAGAGAAGCAGAUGUUACCUUCCAAGCAGGCCCCUGGGAAAAAAGCUAAGGGAAAUAAGACCGAAAUCCGCUUCAAUCAGCUGGUCGAACAAUAUAAGCAGAAAUUACUGGGACCUUCUAAAGGAGUACCUCUUGCAAAGAGGAGCAAAUGGUUUGACAGUUGAUGGUGGCAGCAGACUGGAUAAGAAGCUGGAUUCUUUGUCAAGCUCCCAGGUCUCCCUCCUCCCCCUAAUGUUAUUCUCUGAGGGAAGGACACCCCCCUUCCUCCCCAGGGCACUGCCACUUUGUUGGGAGACCCCCUGGGCUGUGCACAUUUGAACUUUGGGCCCUCCCCAGUGCGUGAUUAGUGAACCACAGAGAGAAAUCUCAGAAAAACAUCACGAUGCUUAUUGUGUAUUAUCCAAGUUAUUGUGUGAAUUGUAUCUGUAAUUAUUGCCCAUUUAAUCCUUUGUUUCUCAAAUGGAAACAGUUGUAAAAAGGAUUCUUGAGGACUGAAUUUUUAAGAUGUAUAUUUUGUUAAGUGUCUCCUCUAAAUGAGCUAUUUUUUGGCUUUUUGAAUAACAAACUAUUUCUCAUUUCUAAUAGAUGUGAAUCCUUUAUUAUUUAUGA